CUUUUCCGUAAAAGAUGGCUCUCCAUUCUGUCUCGACAUCAAUCUCUGCCUCCGUCUCUGCAUCACCCUCUUCAUCUCCCACCACUACCUCAUCUCCAACCUUGCUCUCAUCCCCUCCUUCCACUGCUACCACCACCCCUGCGGCUCACUCCUCUCCCACGGGGAAGGAUUUACCAGACACUGCCUCCGCUGUGGAUCCUGACACCUACAGUCACAGUAUCUUUGAGGAUCAGGACCUCUCUCCUACCAAGGGUAUCAACAUCUUGAAUGGAAACCGUCGUGGUAGUAGCUUCAUCCCCGGUCUCUCCACAGACGGUAUCUCGGACCCUUUUGGUCUCUCAGACUAUUUUAGCUCCAGUAUCCCCAAAGCUGGUUUGAAUAACACCAACCCCAUCAAUAAUAACAACUCUAGCCACCUUUCAAGUAGUAUCCAUAUCGGAAGUCUCAGCAACGGAUUCAAUGGCCUCAGCCUAGGCACUCAAGUCGGCUCCAGCUACAACAAUAAUCUCAAUAACGCCACCACAAAGUCGUCCCUAAGCUCGGGUCUCUAUGGUUAUAACAGCAGUAACAACAGUAGUAAUGCCAACUUGGCCUUCACAAACACAACUAAUGCCAACACCCCUGCAGAAGAGAUCUCCACCAUCUUUGUUGUUGGUUUCCCAGAUGACAUGCAAGAACGUGAGUUCCAAAACAUGUUUGUCUUCACUCCAGGCUUUGAGGCUGCCACCCUCAAGAUUCCCCACAAGGACCAGCAGGAGGAUGAUGCCCUUACCCUCGGUGUCAACGGCGUUAAUCCUCGCAAGCAAAUCAUUGGUUUCGCUAAAUUCCGCACUCAUCAGGAGGCCCUGCAGGCCAUUAGCGUGCUUAGCGGGCGUAGGGUCGAUGCUGAGAAGGGCUCUCAACUGAAGGCAGAAAUGGCAAAAAAGAAUCUCCACACCCGUAGAGGACUCUCCAAUGAGCUAGUUGCCACCCCUGGCCCAGCUAUGACCUCGGCAGCCAUCCCACCUGCACCCCUUGGCUCAAGCUCUAUCCAUCCUGUCAACAUCAAUGGCAAAAAGACUCCACAUCCUCUACAGCACCGCAACAGUCUCGCAGGAUCCGCAGCCUAUGAUGCUUUCCAUUCAGUACCCUGCAGCCCUGCCUUACCUAGUGACCUACUCUCGCCCAACGACUAUCCCAGCAGCUAUGACUUUUAUGCCGAUGUUUACGCUCCCAGCAAUCUCGCUAACCUAAGCUUUGCGGAAUCCUUCGGUGGUCGUCAUCAACAACAGCAGCAGCAACAGCAGUCUGAGCUCUCGUCUUCCUUUUUGGGUCGUCAAAGUGCUUAUGACAUUAGAGUGGAUCCUUUAUCCAUGGGCAGCUACAGCAACAACAUCGGUGGCCUUGCCGGCUCCAUCCCUGGAUCUUUCUCAAAUUCCAUCUCGAGCUCGUUCUCGAACCGCAACAUGGGAUUUACUGGCCCCCAACGCUUUAACAAGAGCUUUUUGGACAUGGAUUCGGAAACGCCUACGUCCACCAUCAGUUUCCUCUCAAAGUCUAUUCCUGCCCACACAGAGCGCGGAUUCAACAACGGGCUCUUCAACAAUGAUGACAUGUCCAACAACCGAUUUCAGGGAUUGCCUAUCAACACUGCUACUGCUACAACUGCUGCCUCCUUGGCCACUCCUGUUCUACCUUCACCCAAUGUUGCUUCGCCUGGUUUCCGUACACCAGUCAACCCUGGUGACCAGAAUCCCCCCUGCAACACGCUCUAUGUUGGAAACUUACCGAUGAACACCUCUGAGGACGAGCUUCGCACAAUGUUUUCGCGUUGUAUGGGUUACAGACGUAUGUGCUUCCGUACCAAGGCCAAUGGACCCAUGUGCUUUGUUGAGUUUGAGAACGUCGAGUAUGCAACCCAGGCGUUGAACGAUCUUUAUGGCAACCCAUUGAGCAACUCUGUGAAAGGCGGUAUUCGUCUAAGCUUUUCAAAGAAUCCUUUGGGUGUCCGCAAUUCACAGCCUAGCAGCCUUGCCAAUCAGCUGCACAUGAACAAUAAUGGAACAGCACCUUAUCUGGAUCGACGUGACAGUAUGAGUGCCAUGUUUGAUCAACACUACUAAGGAUUUUUUUCCUUCCAC